CCGUAGUGACAGUGUUCCGAUGGGUAGAUUUUCCAUCAAUUAUUCAGUCAGAACGUCACGGUAAUUCUAAGCGGAAGGAUGUUCCUAAUCGCUGGUCUCAUGGUUCUGCAGUUAGCGUCAGUCCACUGUGCGCCCAUUGGAGAUAAGGAAGAACCUUUUGAUUUCGAAUUUUCUCAGCUGGGCGAAGAAAUGUAUCUCGCUGAGAUGAGGAAUCAAACCGAAAAAAUACUGGAAGUGUGGGGCGAUGAGGAUAUUGAUGUUAAUCCGGAAGAAAUAGGACCGUUAGUUCAAGGUGAUUUGUAUCAACCUGUACUUGAGAAAAAUGCUGUGAAAUUCAAAAGUAGAAAGUGGAAAAAUGCAGUAGUGCCGUACAAAAUAAGUGACAAUUUCGGUUCCAGUGAAAAACAACGAAUCCUGUCGGCUUUUAAACUGUUUCGACAGAAAACCUGCAUUCGAUUCGUUGCAAGAUCCAGCCAAAAGGAUUUCAUUUCAAUCGAGAAAUCAUCCACCGGUUGCUGGUCGACGGUUGGCCGUGCAGGAGGUCGACAGGUAGUCAACUUACAGAGUUCCUGUUUCCGGACAAUCGGAACGGUGCUACAUGAAUUGAUGCAUGUGCUGGGAUUUCUUCACGAGCAUACGCGCCACGAUAGGGACCAAUUUGUGGAUAUCAACUAUCUGAAUGUUCGAUUUGAUGCAAUUGGGAAUUUUUGGAGAGAUUCUAAGGGACGAACCAGCACAUUCGGAACUAAAUAUGACUUGGGCAGUGUGAUGCACUAUUCGAAAAAGGCAUUCAGCUGGAAUGGAUUUCAAACAAUUGAACCCAAGGUGAAGUUUUCUGGAAAAAUAGGUCAGCGAAAUGGAUUUUCUAGCAGUGAUAUAAAACGAAUCAAAACAAUGUAUUGUAAUGGAUGAAUUACAUGGGAAAUAAGUUUGUAGCAGAUUUCAAACAAAAUACUGUAAUCCAGGGUCAAACGGGUCAGUGGGUGACAAAAACCGUGAGAGUCCAGACCAGAGAGUCUGUUUCAUAUGAAAAUUGAAAAUGAUAUAUAUAAUACAUGUAUUAAUGAAAAACACUUUAGUGAACAUCAGCACGAUUUAAUAAUAUCGCAAAAAGCACGAUAUUAAAAAAACUAAAAAAAAUCAAUCAACUCAAGUUAGAUACAUUAAAGAGUAUGUCAGAGUAUUAUCUGACUUGUUUUUUUCAACUUAAAUAUAAGCUAAACUGUAUCUAACUAAAAUUAAUUUUGUAAAUAAUUUAAUAAUUAUGCCAGUUUUAGAAAUUUAUUCUUUAAAUAUAGAAAUAUUAUACAUUCUUGCAU